AAUGUAAUGUGUUUGAAUAAGUUAGACAAUCGUUUCUGAGUAAACAAGAUUUAGAUAAAUUCCAUCUCUAUCUAACCGGCGCUUCCGCCGAAUCCUAAUUUUCGGAGAUCUUUGUCUACUGGUUUUUGUUUUUUUUUUUCAUGUGUUGCGCUCUCUUCUAUUUUAUUAGUGAGUAAGUAGUAGUAUGCAGGAUAGUAGCUGUAGUUUCGGAUUCAGUUCCGUUAUGUGACUCGGAGUGAAUAGUGCUUGUCCGGGAAAAAUGGCGUCGAGUCGGUGCAGCUCCCCAGACGACGACGGCUACAAAAGAUUCACCGAUGAAGCUCAACAGAACUACGGAUCAAACGAUCCCGCCGCCAAUUCUCUGGAUGAGAUGGGUAGCAGAUCGAGCCUCAGCAGGGAAGUAGACGUUGGUAACGACCAUUGGGGGAUGAAUUACCACGAGGCGGCGAUUUUUCUUGAGGAAGGAGAAAACAACGAGAAGUUUGAUUCGCAUCCGCGACAUCCGGCCGCGCUUCCCGCUUACCUUCUGGUACAUAAUAAUUGGUAUUAUGGCUUGGAUUUGAUUGCUUCUUUGGUUUUGCUGGCGUUGGCCGUGGCUGAAGAACCUGCAGUUGCCGAUUUUACUCUCCCCGUGGGAAUCCAUGGGACUCUGGAGUUGAUGGCGCUAGGAAUUAUAACCAUUGAAUUAUUCUUGAAACUGCAAUGGACUGGUUUCAGCACGAUUUGGAAGCACAAGAGGACUAGUAUAAAGGCAGGAGCUUUACUCAUCAUGGCUUGCGAGGCUUUGAUUGUUCUGAUCAGGCAGGAGAGUCAUUUCAGGGUUACUAGAGCCCUGAGACCUAUUUUCCUAGUCGAUACUAAAGUCUGCGGCAAUGUAAGGAGAUUCAUCAGACAGAUAUUCCAAUCGCUUCCACCGAUCCUCGACAUGCUUGGUUUGCUCAUGUUCUUCGUGUCCAGCUACGCUUUGUUAGGCUACUACCUCUUCAGCGAUCACCAUCACAACUUGUACUUCAAAACAUUACCAGACAGCUUCGUGAGCAUGUUCGUUCUGCUGACGACUGCAAACUUUCCGGACGUCAUGAUGCCUUCAUACGCGAGCUCCAAAUGGAACGCUAUAUUCUUCAUAAGUUACAUCGGCACCGUCUUGUACGUGCUCAUGAACUUGAUGUUGGCUGUGGUAUACGAAACCUUUACUGGAAUCGAAAAGGAUAAGUUCAGGAAAUUGUUGCUGCACAAGAGGAAAGCGUGCAAACUUGCGUUUCCGCUGUUGGUGAGCAAGCAGAAUCCGGAUGGAAUAAAGUUCAAGCAGUUUUCGGGCAUGAUGCAGUAUUACGCUCCAAGGAUCUCUAAUCGCGACGUGGUGCUUAUAUUCAGGCAGCUGAAUGCCUCCGGCUCGGGGAGCUUAACUUCUGAAGAGUUCUUUGGGAUUUACGAUGCCGCCAGUCUGAGGUGGCACUUGAAGGACCCUCCGGAUCCAUGGUUCAACGCCGCUUGGCCUCCGUUGCGUUUUGUUUGCAGAGCCGCAAGGGCUUUAGUUCUUUGGAAAUACUUCGAGCAUAUUGUUUACGUUUUGAUUAUCGGAAACGGAGUGGCGAUGUUCAUUAGAAUUGCGCAAUCCGCGCAAAGCCUUGAAGAGAGCGCAACCAUGUUUUCCAACUCUUGGGACACCUAUCUUUUCCUAUCAAUAUUCCUCUUUGAAGCCUUGAUUCGAGUCAUUGCUAUUGGUUGGACGCAAUACAUAGGCUCGGGAUGGAACAUUUUCGAUCUUGGCGUAACUUUGGCUGCACUCCUAGGAUCUCUAGUACUAUUAUUUAAUCCCACAUUCACAGUGGUUGUUAUUCUACGACCAUUAAGGCUGUUGAGGUUGUUUAAGCUGAAGAAACGCUACCGCGAUAUUUUCGGUACUUUAGUACUAUUAUCACCUCUUAUGUGGUCUACAGCAGUUGUGAUGUUGGUGAUGUACUACUUCUUCGCCAUCAUCGGAAUGGAGCUCUUCGCCAGCUCCUCCGAAGCUCUGAAGAACUGUUGCGUCAACACAACCGUGGAGGAUUUCUUCAAGUACAGCGCGAACGGCACUACCGCCAUCGGUUACUAUUACAUGAACAACUUCGGAAACUUACUAUCUUCCGGGGUAACUCUAUUCGAGCUAACAGUAGUCAACAACUGGUUCAUAAUCAUGGACGCCUUCGCUCACGUCACAAACCAAUACUCUCGCAUAUUCUUCAUGCUGUUCUACCUCUAUACAAUGGUCGUCCUAACCAUAGUCGUGGCUUCAGUCCUCGAAGCUUUCAGAUUCAGAAUACAGUACAAACGCCAAACUUCCAAACGAGAUGAAGAGCAAAUGCUACUUGAGGAAGUACGUGUCGAAUGGAACUCACUAAUUAGUCAGGUGCAGGAUUCCAAAUACAUUGACGGUUUGAGGACGAAUUUCGUGCCUGGAGGUGUAACGAUUUACGUGGGGAAAAGACGAAGGAAUCGCGAGGUUCUGCAGAGGAGGAUGUACAUGGCCGAAAUUGAGAAGUGGUUGGUGGAGGAUGAAGUCCUGGAUCGCGGCAUCGAUCUAAGGGAAGUCGCCGAAGGAAUCCUAGACUCACGACUGAGAGACUCGACUGCUUAAAAAAAAGGAGAGAAGAAUCAUCAUUAAUAAAUCUAGUUAAUCAUAUAUUUUAAGCAACUUUUAUCUAUCAUUUAAACUAAUUGAGUGUAAAUAAUUUGUUUAGGUAAAUUAUUGAGAUAUGGUAGCUUAGAUCUAGUUAUACAUGUGAUAAAAAAAUAUCUUAUCUGGUGAAUUGUGCGUCGGAGCUUAUGUAUAACCAAAGAAUAUCAAUCAGAGUUGAUAUUUAUUGAACACGGUAAAAAUAAUGGUUUUCUUUUAUUAAUUUAUAUGUAUAUUUUAAUACUGAACCGAACAUGCUAAAAAAAUAGUAAUUAACUAAUUAAGACUUUCUUUAAUAAGCGUGUUUGUUUGUACUCCCGUAUCGAUGAGACUUGAUGAAAUGGAUAUUAAAACUAAUUUAUUCUCAGUAUUAAGUAUAUGUAU